UCCAGAAGAAGACUUCCUCCUCCUCACUAAAGGGAGGGUUGUGGUAAAAACACUGGUGGAGAAAUGCCAGGAGGACGUUCAUUCUCUCCCUGUGAUUAAACGCAUAGAUUCAACCGCCAUAAAAAUAAUAAGAGGAAACGCAUAGAUUUGUUUCGGGUGAGGGUUAGUGCAGGCAAAAUGUCGUCUUGGGCGAAAUCAUCUUCAGCUGCACGGCGGCCACCGGCGAACCCAAACGGAAGUGCGCAGCAACUGCGGUUGUUCCGGAGAACAGCGCCUUACCCCACCAGAGAGGAGAGGACCGAGGACCUGAAGGAUGCUCUGGACAGUUAUGAAGAACUAGAGCAAAUGCAAAACUACAGUGGAAGUGUGAAGUACGAGGGGUACAAGCAUCAACCAAAUGCCAAACCAGAGGGGACUCCAGCAGACAGACGUAAAGCCAUGUAUCAGAAGUUCUACAGACAGGUGCAGGAGGAGAAGAAGCCGGCUGACUGCGUGGUCCUCUCUGUCACCAACCAGUGCCUGGAUUACCCCAAAUCGCUAGGCCAGUGCUUGCAGGAGCGUGGCCUAUCAGUGGAAAUGCUCUACCUUCAGGCGGAGUCAGGCCUGACCCGGGCCCUGCAGGAUGUGCGAGCAGACGGCUCCCCGUUAUGUAUUCUGGUGGAGCACACAAACGUAGCUCUGUCCUCCUGCACUGUUAUCAUAUUCUCAGAAUCCCUCAAAAUCCAUCGCAACAUGCCCAAAGACCAGGCCAUGGACUUUGUUGCAGCAGAGUACAGUCGUGGACUCGUCAAAGAACGCCCGUCAAGGGAUCCCGCAGACAUCGCAGCACAGGCAUCACAGCUGCUGGAUGAUUUUCUGGAUCGAGAAAAGAUUGAGCGCCACAGUGUUCCUUCCGAAACCCGUCAGCUCCUCAUGCUGUUGACCGAGGGGGUGCAUCUUUACCCCGAGGAGCUGGAAACCAUCUCAGAGUACGUCCGUUCCCGGCAGGUGCAUGCACAAGCCUCCAACACUGAGGGGGAGAGGGGGAACAUGUUACCUCCAGGACUGGGGAAACCACCUCCUCUGCUCCCUACUCCACCCGGGCCCCCUCAGCCCCAGCCUGCAACCGGAGCAGGGGGACCCAUGGGGAACCACUCACCACCUCCACCUGUUCCUCUUUUGCCUUCACCAGGUUCGUAUCCCAAAACAAAACCUCCCCCAUUGCUGUCCUUGCAUCGGCCUCCUGGUCCAUCACUAGGGCCCCCAUCGUCACGGGGCCCACCUUCCUCACACAGUCCUUACGGCGCCCCUGGCUUGCCUCGUGGGCCCCUUCUCCACCAUGCGCCUCCAUACCACCCAAGCCCCAGGGGCCCCCAUGGGACUAGAGGAGCCCCUCCCUCUCUGAAGAGUUCUCGCCCUCCACUUUUAUCUGCGCCAGGUGGCCCUCUUCCACGACCGAGUGGCCCCCGACACUAAGAAAAGACUAAGAUAUACACACACACACACACACACAGGCUACCAGUGCCAGCACUGUACUCUUGAGCAAAAGACUCCUGGCCACUGCGUAGGAUUCCUGUUUGGGCAAUUUGACCUUUUUUAAAUAAAAGUAGUAAAUCAGUUUCCGUUGGAUGGAAAAGAUGGGUCAUGUCAGAUAUUAUUAUCUGAGGUUUAUUAUUGUGGAUGGAUUGACAGAGAAUGGCAGUAUUCUAGUGACUCGUCAUGUAUUUUUUUUGAAGAUCCUUCUGUCAUCAUGGUUAAUUUUUUCUGUGUAUAGUGCACUGGUCUCAUCCAGAGGCAUCCCAUUAAAAAAAAACAAACAAACAAAACAAAAAAAAAACAAUUUUGGUCGGGGUCACAUUGACAAGCUAUACAGGAUAAACACUUAACAUCUAACUUGUUUAGCUGAAUGCACAAAAACCCUUGCCACCAGUGGGCAGCUGGUUCAUAUGGAAGGAAACAAAAGGUGAGAGGUAUUGGUGGUCACAUGAAGGUAAUAAGACUUUUACUUGUCUCUUGAAAAUACUGAAGAGGUCUCAGUAGCUUACUUGCUGUGGACAGUGUUUCAAGACAGUACUUAAAAGCACUUCUCAAAGGUUCUUGAGACAAUUUCAACAACUGAUGAAAGACAUUACAAGCUGAUCUCUGGGUUUGAAUUUUAUUUUUAUUUAUUUUUGUCUUAGGUGCACAACUUUUGGCUCCUUUUCACGACAAGUCAACAAAUCUUCAUAAUUUAUUACUUCACUUCAGGUGUGUUGUCUUAGUAAACACACUAACAGUGUUUUUCCUGAGAAUGCUUUUGAUGCGUUGUCAAGUGAACUUGGUGACAAUAUGCAGUACAGCACCUUGGCAGUGAAAGCAUAGUCCCUCUGACAGCAUUUUGACUUUUUUGUAGGCUUUGUUUGGUCAUCCAGAAUAAAAACGGACCAUAUUGUGUUUCAUCAAAGCAAAGGAGGCAACCCCCGGCCACUGCAGUAAGGUCACAUAAUUCUAUCUCUGGGGUCAAAGUGGGGGGUGAGAACCAUGUCAUCUCUUUGUAUGCAGAUGACAUUAUUUUGUUUCUUACCAACUUAGUCACUCGUGCCUGCCCUUAUGGACCUCUUGUCAAAGUAUAAUGUGAUUUCUGGGUAAAAGGUUAAUGUACAAAGAAAUUUUUCUAGCUGAAAAGAUUUCAAGGAACAAUUUUCCCUUUUUCAGUGGAAUACUCAUUUCAUAACAUAUUUAGGUUUAAAGAUUCCUAAUCAACUAGACAAAAUAUUCUCACUAAAUCAUGACUUAUUGCUUAAAAAGGUGGACAAGGACGUGGAUAGAUGGAUGCAGUUGCCAAUUUCUUUGAUUGGGUGAGUGAACUGUAUUAAAAUCACUGUCCUACCAAAAUUUCUUUACUUUUUUCAAACCCUCCCCAUAUCUAUACAUAAGAAUUUCUUCAAGAAACUGCAAAGGAUGGCAUCUACAUUCAUCUAGAGGAGGAAAGUUCCUAGAUUUAAAAUCAAAACCCUUUACAAUACCCCUCAGUGUGGAGGAUUGAAGCUCCUUGAUUUCAGUUGUAUUACUGGGCUGCUCAGUCCAGAGUAAUAUGGCUCUGGCAGACAGAGCGAGUUAACUCCCCUGCUUGCAAACAAAGAGAGCAGUGCCACACAUCAGCUGUGCCACUGGCCAGCAUUCCUUUUAUUAAGUCAUACUAUACUCUGAAGAAUGGUACUGAUAAUCCAUUUAUUAAACAUACAUCCAGAAUCUGGUCUGCCAUUCAGACACAUAUUUAUAGUGUUAUUGUACUUCACAGUAGUUCACAGUAAUAUUCCCUUCCACACCAACUCUGCUUUAUCAAAUGUACUCAGAGAUGACAUAACCAAGAUGUGGCAUGAUCAGGGAAUUAAGAACUUUGGGGACCUUUACAAGAAUAACAUACCUACUGUCAUUUGAACAGUUAUGUAGAGCCUUCCACCUCUCAACUACUCAUCUCUUAUAAUAUUUACAGGUCAGGCAGUACAUUUAAGAGAGGAAACUCCACUCCUCUAAAGCCCCUCCCAAUUGAUGAAAUUCUAAAAGAUAUCAAACACCCCAGAGGCAUUUUGUCGUUAAAUUAUAACAGAAGUUUGGCCUUCAUAGAGACUGAACCCCUAAACACUAGGGCCAAAUGGGAGCAAGACCUGGACUGUCCUUUUGAAGACAGUAAAUGGGAAUUAAUAUGUGAGGAGGCACUACACUUUUCAUAUAACAGCCACCAUAAGCUUUUGCAGUUCAACAUUAUCCACAUAACCUAUUUUACACCAGAAAGACUCCAUAGGAUAAAUUAAUCAACUUCAGAUCUUUGCCAACAUGCAAAACAGAGACAGGUAACCUUAUUCACAUGUUCUGGAAAUGUAAUAAAUUAAAACAUUAUCGGGGUUCAAUAUUGGAGAUUCUUAAAGAGAUUGUUGAGUUUUAGAUCCCCUGUUCACCUAAACUAGCCUUACUAGGUGACAUAUCUGACAUCCCUCUUAACAAAAGAAACAAGGUGCAGUUUAUCGAACUGGCCAUGAUUGCUGGUAAUAAAUGUUUUGCUUUGUUAUGGCAAAGUGCAGAUCCCCCAUCCCUUGUCCAUAUGUAGCUUAAAGAAAUUUCCUCGUACAUGACAUCAGAAAAAAUGACGUUCAAUCACAAAGGAAAACCACACAUCUGUUAAAUGCUGGUCUGCUUUUAGAAGCUACAUGGGAAAUAUUUCACAGUCUGUUGUUGGUCGAUGAUGAGAUAUGUUUGACAUAUGCACACGUGCAUCUGUGUAGAUGUGUAUAGUUGAAUUUAUAUGUACUAAUGUGUGUAAAUUUUAUGUUUAUUUCACCAAAUGUACCCUGACCCCCAACCCCCCAUACCAUUGCUUUGCCCUUGUCUGGGGGUGGGGGGGACUGGUCUUGUGGGAUUAUUACUUUAUUAUUUUAUCUUUGAUAUUUCAAUUCUGUGUUUUCUCCUGUAGACUGUUCUGUGUUUGAGAAAAAUUCAAUAAAUAAAUUGUUAAAAAGCAAUGAAGGCAGCUUGAAAGGCUCGCCAGCAUAACCUAAAGGGAUAUGAAUCUCUUAACAUAUUUUUCUUGUCAGCAAAUUAUGCAAAAUCUAAGUGAGCUUUUCUUCACAGCAAGGUGUCUAAUUUUGACAACUGCCGUCAGUACAGCACGUAAAGGAAAGCUCUGUAAAACGUCCUGCUAAGCAGAGUGCAUUGUCAUUAAAAUCACUGCUUUUCAGCCUUUUACUUCAAGUUCUCAGUUGAAAUUUCUCUCAUGCAGUCAUCCUCGUUCAUCUUGAGCGGAGUCAGUGAGAAUUUCUUCAUGGAUGUUUCCUGUUGUCAUGUAACGAGAUAAUCACAUUCACACUAAUGUAUUGUAAUUCAGGGAAAAACUCGCAGGUUUAAAGCAUAAACAGUUUUUAUCAUUUUUCUUGUUACAAAGCUUAUUAAAUGUUCUGUUUUGUUUUCCGGAA